AUGGACAGUCUAUGGGCUAUGGAGACUCACCCUCCCCCUCCUCCUCCAGUCCAACCCAAUAACCUUGAUGUUUAUUUUUAUUUCUUCUUCGGCGCCCCAGAAACCCCGAAGCGGACCGGCUGCGAUCGGCACGGCAUUGUCUCUAUGGCCGACAAGGUUGCAGAAGAGUCCGGAUGGUUGUCCCCCCUCCCCCCUCUCCAUCUUCUCCAGAAGUGGCAUGUUACCAUGUUCUGGACUCUCUUGUCUGGACCAACUAACAUCAUUGUUUUGCGACCGACCACUGUCCUCGAUGCCACCCAGAGGCAACCCGACCUUGAGGGCACCUUGUGA